CUCCCUUUCUCCUCCUCCUGUGGCUGCUGCUGCUGCCAGACCUCGCCAUUUCAGACCCACCGGGCUGCCCUCCCCUGAGCACUCCUUCACUGCCAGGGCAGGAGAGUGGCGCGGUACCCCGCAGAAAGUCACGAUGUUGCAAACCCUUUUCCUAACUUUGCUGACUCUGCUGAUGGUCAAGUCCCAGGACACCGAGGAAACCAUCACAUACACGCAAUGCACCGACGGAUAUGAGUGGGACCCUGUAAGACAGCAGUGCAAAGAUAUUGAUGAAUGUGACAUUGUCCCAGACGCUUGCAAAGGUGGGAUGAAAUGUGUCAACCACUAUGGAGGAUACCUCUGCCUUCCUAAAACAGCCCAAAUUAUUGUCAAUAACGAACAACCUCAGCAAGAAACACCAGCUGCGGAAGUACCAUCGGGGGCCGCUACCGGAAGCAUAACUGCCAGUAGCGUGGCAACCAGCGGUGUGAUGCCUGGAGGUGGUGUCAUAGCCAGUGCCACUGCAGUUGCUGGCCCUGAAGUGCAGACCGGCCGAAAUAAUUUUGUCAUCCGGAGGAACCCAGCUGACCCUCAGCGUAUAGGUGCCAACCCUUCCCACCGGAUCCAGUGUGCAGCAGGCUACGAGCAGAGUGAGCAUAACGUGUGCCAAGAUAUCGAUGAGUGUGCCUCGGGGACCCACAAUUGCAGAGAGGACCAAGUGUGCAUCAACUUACGUGGUUCCUUCACAUGCCAGUGUCUUCCAGGGUAUCAGAAGCGGGGCGAGCAGUGCGUGGAUAUAGAUGAAUGCGCUGUGCCUCCAUAUUGCCACCAAAGAUGCGUGAACACGCCAGGUUCCUUUUACUGCCAGUGCAGUCCUGGGUUUCAGUUGGCAGCAAACAACUACACUUGUGUGGACAUAAACGAAUGCGAUGCCAGCAACCAGUGCGCUCAGCAGUGCUACAACAUCCUCGGCUCCUUCAUCUGUCAGUGCAACCAAGGAUAUGAACUGAGCAGUGACAGGCUCAACUGUGAAGACAUCGAUGAAUGCAGAACCUCAAGCUACCUGUGUCAAUAUCAGUGUGUCAACGAACCAGGGAAGUUCUCGUGCAUGUGCCCCCAAGGCUACCAAGUGGUGAGAAGCAGGACCUGCCAGGAUAUAAACGAGUGUGAGACCACUAACGAAUGCCGAGAAGACGAGAUGUGCUGGAAUUACCACGGCGGCUUCCGUUGUUACCCACGAAACCCGUGUCAAGAUCCCUACGUUCUAACGUCAGAGAACCGAUGUGUUUGCCCGGUCUCAAACACCAUGUGCCGAGACAUGCCUCAGUCCAUAGUCCACAAAUACAUGAGCAUCCGAUCUGACCGGUCCGUACCUUCAGACAUCUUCCAGAUACAGGCCACAACUAUUUAUGCCAACACCAUUAAUACCUUUCGGAUUAAAUCUGGGAAUGAAAAUGGAGAGUUCUACCUACGACAAACAAGCCCUGUGAGCGCAAUGCUUGUGCUUGUGAAGUCGCUAACGGGACCAAGAGAAUACAUCGUGGACCUGGAGAUGCUGACAGUCAGUAGCAUAGGGACUUUCCGCACAAGCUCCGUGUUACGAUUGACAAUAAUAGUGGGGCCAUUUUCGUUUUAGCCUUUAUGAGGGCCCACCACAUGCAUUUAAAUAAGCCAAAGAAUAUUGUUACAUUAAAGCACUAUUUUAUUUAUAGAUAUAUCUAGUACAUCUGUAUCCAGACAGUGACACUAUGAUAGGAAGUGGGCAUUUAAUCUGUAAGAUUCAAAGUUUAUCUUUAUCACUGAGUGUAAAUUAGACACUAAGCCACCAAAUGUUCUUCUUGAAGGGAGCUAAGCAUAUAUUAUCUGGUGAAACUUGGAUUCUUUCCUAUAAAAAUGGGACCAAGCAAUGAUACUGUUCUGUGGUAUGUAGAGAAAUACAUAAUUCCAUAGGCUAUCUCAUGAGUAUGGGCCAUCUUAACACCAAGAGCAAGGAGGAGGGGUUUUUUUAACUGCUUUGUAAGAAAAAGGGAAAAAAGUCAAUAAAGAUAUAUUUCUUUAGAAAAUGA